AUGCUGGCUGGCGGAACAGAGGAGGGCGUGUUUUCGAUAACAAGUGUUUCGACACGGCGGCUGCGGCCCAUCGGGCGACUUUCCCCUCCAACUAACCACCAGGGCCGCAACCCCUCGCUGCGGCGACCUCGCUCGCAAGAGUAUAAAAAGGCGCCCCACCGUGGCGGCAUUCAUAGUUGUGUUCCAGUCACACUCUGCCACCAUGAAGUCGCAGCGCUGAUCCUGUUCGCCGUCGUCGCUUCUGCUCUGCCCAGGCCGGACGAGCUCAGGCCUGGAGUCAUUCCAGUGCUGGAGAGGACCGAGGUACGCGACGCGACUGGCCAGUUCUCUCUCAGCUACCUGUCCGGUGACGGCACCCACGUGGCGGAGCAGGGCGCCUUGAAGCCCACCCCAGACGGCAAGGACUUCGUGCUGGUCAAGCAGGGCGAGUACCACUUCACGGCGCCAGAGGGGAAGACCAUCAUGGUCAAGUACACCGCCGACGAGUACGGCUUCCACCCCAUCAGUGACGCCAUCCCUGUUGCACCCACCGCCUAG